AUGUUUAAGAAGAAGAUAGGGCUUUUGCACAAGAAGGGAGAGAAAGAGCAACAGUCGCCGUCACCGUCGCCAUCGCCGGAGCCUUCUUUGCGGCCCUCGCUCAAGUCGCCAAUCAAUCUUCCCCGGUCGCGCGGCGCUUCAGGAGUUUCCGCAGGUUUAGAUUCCGUGCCGUUUUCUAUAGAGGAGCUCCAGACCUACGGAGUGGCAGGCAAGGUUAAGACCGUGGCCUUUGAUCCAUUGCAGAGCCUGAUGGCAAUUGUUUCCGACUACAACCAUGUACACAUUUUCGGACAGAGCCGGGUGAGCUGUGCUCUAACAUUGAACACCACAAGUGCCAUUCGGUCUCUGCGGUUUGUUAAGGGCGUGUAUCUGGUGGCUGUGGACUCUCUUAAGACCAUUUUUGUGAUAUCCCUGGCUGCCAAAAAGGUGCUGCACAAGAUUGUCACGAGCGGCCAGAUCACUGCGUUCGAGACAGACUACUCAUUGGAGUUUAUAUACGUUGGAUUCAACAACGGGCUUGUGAAGGCUUUCAACAUAGAAAGCGGCCUCGAAACUAUUCUGUCGUUGCGAGAACAGCAAUUCAACACAUUCAUACUAGAGACUGACGUGCACGUGUCUUCGAUCAAGUUGAAUCCGCGAGACUUUGGCACUCUUCUAAUUUCCUAUACCAAGAUGACCAUCGAGUUCAAUCUUGCGGAAAACAAGGCAGUCAAGGAGUUCGUGUACAAAUUACCAAAGGGAGCCCCGGGGGGAGAAAAUGCGACGUACGACUACGACGCUUCCGGCUACUACAUCCCGAACGUUGUUCAGUCGCUAUGGCAUCCUAACGGUCUCCAUGUUGUCACUAUCCACGACGACAACUCGCUGGUUUUCUGGGACGCUCUCACAGGGGAGCAGAUACUAGCGCGCUCGCUCUUUGACAGCUACAUUGACUCACCGUCGGGAGACACUCAUCACGGUCCCAAAAUGACGAGAAUAAAAAAAGCUGCGUGGCUGUGCGAACACGAUCCCGAGCGCACCUCCUUGCUGUUCUGCGGAGGAGACUCGUUUGAGACUGAGGGGUACCACCAGCUCGUGCGCAUGGAUUUUGGGCGCAUGUUGUCGUACUCAAUGACAAGCUAUACACAGAUGGCGAAGUACUACGCGCAGCCAAAGCAGCAGAACAUUUUUGCGAUCCACGCAGCUGCCAAUAUUGUUGAUUUUAUUCCGCUCGGAGAGGCGUCGCCCUACUAUGAUGGGAACCAUGACCCAAAACUCAUAGCGCUCACUCUGAGCGACGGGUCGCUAAAGUUCAUGAACUAUCCGACCGGGAACCUCUCUUUCAAGGCCAGCUAUUUCCCGUCCACGAUCUCGUGGCUGAAUCCUAAAAUUACGUUCUCGGCCUCUGCAUUUAUCGACAAGAGGGUCCUCAAUGGCAUGAUCGACACUCAAGGCUCCCGAAACAGCAUUCUAAAAGGAGGAAUCCCCGGCAGGCCAAAGUACAAGGCAGACGUGGGGUCUGUCAUCGUUUCGGGCCACGAAAAUGGCUACAUCCGCAUCUGGAACUCUUCUGAGGGGGAGCUCGACAGCUCUACAGCCUUUGAGAUUGACAUCUCGAGAAUUCUUUUGGACGACUCGCCCCAGCACUCCAUCUCAAAGGUGUCCUUUGCUGCCGAGCAGCUCGAGCUUUCCUGCAGCAUGUACAACAACGACGUGCUGCUUUUUUCGUACCAACAGAACAAGAAAUACCAGCCUGCACAGGGCGACUUGAAUCGGCGAAUGAGCUCAUUGGAGCUCUCGUCUACGAAGGCGGAGCGACAAGUUAUUGAUAUCAGCGACCGUGCUCCAAGAGACAUGAAGAAAGGAUUUCUGCCCAAAGUGCUGGUGAAAAGCAUGGGAUAUGGCAAGGUGACGGCUUUGUGCAACAGCAAUGUUGGAUUCGUUGGCAUUGGCUACGAGUCAGGACAGCUCGUGGUGAUCGACCGCAGAUCGAACACUGUGAUUUAUAACACGCAACUCAUUGAUGACGGGCUCUCGCUGCCUAUUGUGCCGACUGCAAUUGAGUUUGCCUACGGCCAACCUGGAUUACUGAUGAUCGUGGGGACCCGGAUAGGACGACUUCUUGUGUUUGAGGUCAUCUCGGGUGUACGGUUUUCUCUACGGCUGGCGGAGCAAGUCGAUUCCAACGAUGCCGAGAUCUUGGAAAUUAUCCCCAUCAAUUCGGAGACAGGACGUCCAAGUACGGCGUCCAUCCGCCAUCUGAGCUCGCCGUUACCGGCAGACAAAACGCCGCUCUCUAUUAUUGCGGCGUCGUCGAGCGACAUACGGAUUGUGAAGAACGGGUCAAAGAUGGCACACAAGACGUUCGGAAAGGGCGAACUGUCCAAAAUCGGCAUCACAGGCACAAAAACACAGAAAGGAAACGUUGCUUUCUGCUUGGUAGCCCUAAUGGGGGCUACGAAAAAAAUGGCCGUCUACACGAUUCCGUCCCUUUCUGAACUGUCCAGCAUGCGCGUUCCGUACCGUCUGGAGGCCAAGUACACCCCGCAGAGCUCUGUGCUGCCGCUAGGCGAUGUUUUUCUGAGAAUCAGCGAGACAGAGGCGGCCUUGGUUAACAUCAUGGGCCUGCGUCAGCCGGUCAUGUCCUUGGAAACGAUCAACGGCGACGACGUGCUGUUUCUGCGGAACAUUUUGAUACCAUACCGGCCGUCCACAAACUACUUUGUCAAGGGCACGUCGUCGCUGUCGUACGCAAAACUAUAUCGUAUGCUUGUUGGACGCGAACGGCCGGAAAAAACAAACCAUCCGGAGUAUGAACUGGCUUGGGACAUUUCGCCGUACAAUCCAGCAAACUACAGCUUGAUGGGUACGGCGAAGCCAAAGUACUACGACCCGAACGCGUUACACCAGCAGCCGGGCUUGACGGAUAAGCCGGUCUCGCCUAUUAGCGUGUCCACUGUGACGAGGAACAUUUCGAGAUGGAAGCAGCACGCCCAGAACCGCCUGGACGUGGCAAAUAACCGUGUGGAGAGCUACGUGAGCGAUCUGAACGACGACUUCGACAAGUUUAUCAGCGAAACCAAGAACGACGCCAUCAAGGGUGCCAUCAACAGCAAGCUGGGGCUCUGA